AUGCUGAUGCAGCGGAUGACUCGCCUGGCGGUAUGUGCCGUGCUGGUGUGCGGCGUCUCCUCUCAGUACGUCUCCUCCUUCUCCAACUACUAUCGACCGAGCGGGCCGGGCUACCCGAGCGGCACUGCAGACUACUAUCGGCCGCCGGUCUCCUCCCCGGGCAUCACAGACAGGUUGCAGAACAUUUUUCAAGGAUUCAGUGACAGAACAGACCCCGCAUUCUUCUCGGCGGCGCCGUUCCUGCUGCUCUCUUUGCUGGCCCUGGUCGGUCUGGCCGUCACCGGGGUCGCCUACGCCGUCAUCACCAACAACUCCUCCGGCCGCGGCCUGGACUCGGACCACUGGGAGGUGGACCACUCAGUCUGGAUGGACCAACUCCAGAGGGACUUUGAGGACUCGUGGUCCACCGAGUAGCGGGUGCAUCACUGAGCAUGGUGCUCCGAGUGAUUUAUUUAAUUG